CUACCGCGUUUCUCACCUCUCCCUUCCUCCCUCCUCUCCCUCUCCCUCCCGCCUCCCUCCGCGCCCGCCCGCCGCAGCCCCCUCCCCCGCCCCGCCGAGCCCGACCCGCCGUCUCCGGCGGCGGCGGGCGCCCGCCGCCGGAGCCGCCUCCGCUGCGAGUGGUGCCCCUACUCGUCCGAGCACGCGGGCAGCAUGCGCUACCACGCGCGCGUGCACACGGGGGAGCGCCCCUACGCCUGCGGCGACUGCGGCCGGCGCUUCGCCGUGUCGGGCCAGCUCCGGAGCCACGCGCGCGUGCACACGGGGGAGCGGCCCUACGCCUGCGGCGUCUGCGGCCGGCGCUUCGCCCGCUCGGGCCAGCUCAGGAGCCACUCGCGGGCCCACCAGGAGGCGGGGGAGGCGGCGGAGGCGGCGGAGGCGGCGGAGGCGGCGGAGGCGGCCCGGAGGCGGAGGGCCGCGGGGUGCCUCUGCGGCGUCUGCGGCCGCGCCUUCUCGGCGCCGGCCGCGAGGAGGCGGCACGAGCGGUCGCACGGCGGCGAGCGGCCGCACUCGUGCGGGGCGUGCGGGGCCGGCUUCGGCCGCGCCGAGAACUUGCGGCGGCACCGGCUGCGGCACUGCAGGGGAGGGGAGGGAGGCGGCGGUGGUGGUGGAGCCACUGGGCAGACGCUGACGACGACAAGGAGCCCAGGGGAAGACACACGGGUGGACGAGGAGGAGGAGGUGGUGGACAAGGAGGAGGUGGUGGACAAGGAGGUGCCGCUCUGCGUGCUGGAGCUGCUGCAGACGGAGGCGGAGGGACCUGACUGUCCAGCGGACGGCGUCGGGAGUGAAGAAAGCCAAGCGCCGGUCGCCUCCCUUUUAAGCUGCGAGGGGGUAAACGCCAAACGCCUUGACAAAGGAAAUCAGCAUGAAACGUACCACUACUGA